GGCCCUGUGAGGAGCGAGCAGCAGCCACCCGGGGAACCGCUGAGAGUGCCCGGAGAUGCCAAAGGCCCUGAGAGAAGUUGCCCAGGUGAGUGGCUGAUCCGGACGGUGAAGGUGGAAGCCGAAGACUACUCGGAGUGGCCGGCUGGGCUGAGCGCAGAGGGGCUCUGAGGGUUUGUGCCCUGGGGUGACCCGGGCCCUGCAGGGCUGAGCGGCGCCAGACCUCUCUGCCUGCCCAGAAUGGAAGCCCGGGGGGAGAGAAGGGAGGAGGCUGAGCCGCCACGCAUCACCUCCCAGCUGCUGAAGGCCAAGACGGGCGAGUUCGACCUGGAGUCCAUCCUCCUGACGGGGCUGGGCCUCUCGGACCUGGGCUGCCUGGGGGAGUGCGUGAACCUGGAGUGGCUGGACCUGUCCGGCAAUGCCAUCGCCCACCUGGGCCCGCUCUCCUCCUUGAAGGCCCUGGCCGUCCUCAACAUCUCCUCCAACCGCGUGGCCAGCCUGGAGCCCCUGGCCGGCUGCGAGAACCUGCAGAGCCUCAACGCGGCCGGCAACCUGCUGAGCAGCCUGCAGCAGCUGCAGUGCCUGGCAGGGCUGCGGGGCCUGGAGAGCCUGCGCCUCAGCAGCCCGGCAGGGGGGCUCAGCAACCCCGUCUGCGCCACCCUCGGCUACCGCGUCGCCAUGGCCGAGAUGUUCCCCGGCGUCAAGGUGAUCGAUGGCGAGCGGGUCUCGGGGCGGGGCAGUGAGCUCUACCAGCUCUGCAAAGACCUGGAUAGCUCCCUCAAGCGCUUCCCCAGCGGUGGGGCAGGCGGCGUGGAGCUCGCCGGCGUGGCCAAGCCCUGGGUGGCGGAAGGCUACUGGGACCUCCGCCCCGCCCGCCGGAGCUCCAUCGUGGAGGAGGCCUACAAGCAGUUCAACGAGGUCCUCCAGGAGUGCCGGGAGCUGAGCAAGCGAGCCGAGGACACCAUCGUCCAGGCCGAGCGGGCCCUGAACAUCCGCCCGGACCCCAGCUCCUACGUCUUCUGAGCAGGCCCGGAGCUAACCUGGGGCCCACGGGGGCCUGGCCCCCUGGCAUUUCUUCCGGGGCCCCUCCCUCCCUCCUCGGCUGGCCUCAAACUGAAUGGAUGUAAUUAACUUUGCUUUAAUUAGCUAUGCCCCCCCCUCCCAAAAAAUCCCCAGCUGCGGGCCUGCAGGCGUCCCUGGGCGUCCAUGCGCUCGGCCCCCAGGCCUUGGUGCCCUCGCGGAUCUCCUGGGUCCCUGCCGGCCCCUCCACGCUGGCUCCUCCCCCUCCUCCCUCCC